CCUCCUUGUUGGUGGCCGUUGUUGUUGACUGCGCUGACUUGCUUGACGAAGGCUUGUCGGGAUCAUGCUGCACUUGCUCUUUCCCCUUGGGAGCUCUGGUACCGCCUACCCUGCGUGUCGUCGGCCCAGCCCCUCUGCUUCCGUCACCAGCCAUGAUGUCGCCCGCGGUGAAGAGGGAGGAGAAGAAGACGAGAAGGAUGAGGAAGAAGAUGACAAAGAAGAGGAGGAGGAGGAGGGGGAGAGGAGGGAGGUGAAGAAGACGGCGAGUACAAGGAGGAUGAAGAAGCAGCGUGCAGGGAAGAUGGAUGUUCGAAAAAAAAAACAAAAGGCUAUGGCUAACGGACGAGGAGAACAAAGGGAGGAGGAGGAGGAAGAAGAUGACGAAGAGGAGAGAGGAGAAGAGGAGGAGGAGGAGGAGGAGGAGGAGGAGGAGGAGCAAGCUAACGCAUGGGCUAUGGCUAACGGGCGAGGAGAAGAAAAGGAGGAGGAGGAGGAGAAGAGGAGGAGAGAUUUGAAGAAGACGAAGGAGCGGUAUGUGAAGGAAAUGGUGGAGCUUGGAGGAGCUAGAGGUGUUCAGGCAGCAGAACAGGAACUUCUCACAGCAAUCAGCGGGCUUGAGAAGAAAAUUCAGUAUGCGGAGAUGGACUUGAGGACUGCAGAGCAGAAAUUAGCAAAGACCCUAGAUGAACAAGCUACAAUACGUCGAGAGCAGGAGCGCAUUCUACCUGAUUUGGCUGCGAUUAAGGAAGCCGUUGUCCAAAGGGCUGAGGCCAUCUCCAAGCUUAUGAAGCGCAUAAAUGAAGUUGAGGAUCGAGUUUAUGCCGACUUCAGCAGAUCUGUGGGAGUUGCAAACAUCCGUGAAUAUGAGGAGACUCAGCUACGCCAAGCGCAAGAACUCGCAGAGAGGAAGAUGAACCUGAGCUCCCAAAUUGCACGCAUAAAGAACCAGCUAGAGUACGAGCAAAGGAAGGACACUCACACUCCCUUGGUAGCAAUUCAAAAAUCAAUUGAAGAUGGAAAGGCUGAGAUUCAACGGCUAAAGGAGGCUGAGUCAGUUGCCAAGGCAGCCAUGGACACCGUCAGGAAAGAGCUGGACACCAUGCAUGUUGAAAUGCAAGAAACAAAACAGAAGGCAGAUGCCAUCGAGAGUGAAAUUAGCGAGUUGAAGAAAAAGGUUGCACAGCACACGAACGAGGGCAGCCGGUUCAGGCGACAGAUAGGCGACAAGGAAGCUCAGCUCGAGCAACUGAAUGCACGGCGUCUUGAGGCUAUCGAAACAUGCGAGUUAAACCAAAUCAAGCUCCCGAUUAUCGAAAACAGUGGGGCAAUGCACGUGGACAGUGGAAGCACUCCUCCGCAGAAUCCUAAAAUGGAUUAUUCGGAAUUGAAGAGAAAUUACACUCAGGCAAUCAGGACAGCAGACAGGGAGAAGAUUGAAGCGGAGUUCAAGCAACGGUUGGAGAUGAUGACACGAGAGAUUGAGAGAACGGCUCCAAACUUGAAAGCCCUCGAUCAGUAUGAAGCACUGAGAGAAAGGGAGAGAGAGUCGAUCGAGGAGUUUGAUGCGGCUAGGCGCGAUGCAAAGGAGAUCACUGACAGAUUCCGUGUUGUGAGGCAGCAAAGAUGUGACCGAUUCAUGGAGGCUUUCAAUCAUGUCUCGAACAAUAUAAACCCUAUCUACAAGCAACUUACGCAGAGCAACACUCACCCCUUGGGAGGAACAGCAUAUCUGAACACGGAGAAUGUCGAUGAACCCUUCUUGCAUGGAAUCAAGUUUACAGCAAUGCCUCCAACGAAGCGUUUCCGUGAUAUGGACCAGCUCUCUGGAGGGGAGAAGACAGUUGCAGCAUUGGCGCUCCUCUUCUCCAUACACAGGCAAGAGGUAGCAAUGAUUUACACCACAAGGUCCUUUUUCAGCUGUGUUCUCAUUCCCUCGUCAAGGGAUCACAGGCUCCGCACAAUCUCGCUUCUGGAAUUUUGAGCAUACCCUCCUCCGCAGAUAAGCUAGCUAUGCAUUGUUCUGCAGGGACAUAAUUAUUGGGCCCACGACUCCACAUUGUAGUCUGGGACUCUGGUCUGGGACUCUGGUCUGGGACUCUGGUCUGGGACUCUGGGCAUAGCUAUAGCUAUUUGUGGAUAACUGUCCGUGGACAGCUGUCCAUUGGAUAGCUCUUGCUAAAGUAUAUAGUUGGAUAGCUCUUGCUAAAGUAUAGCUAUUGGAUAGCUCUUGCUAAAGUAUAGCUAUUCAGAGGUAGCUAUUUAUUUUUCCGGAUGUAUAGUUGUCAUGUCUCUCUCACAGUGAAGAGAUAGGACACAUGGGUUCUCAGAAACCCCCCUUACUCAGAACACCCCCCCCUCACCCCCUAUUACGCAUGGAUUGCAUGUAAAUACUAAAUACCCAUCUCCUCUGCAUGGUGUCUUUCUUUCAUGCCCCCUCUCCGAGCGUGAUCACUUUCGGUUUAAGUGGCUGAGCGUUAGCCAGAGUUCCAACCACAGUUUGGACAUGUCGUACAUAUCCCAGGCACAGUCUCAUCAGCGUCUCUAAAGUUGGUACGGUACCUGCAGUACCUCCGUCUUGAAAGGAAGUUUGGUGCCCAGGUGGAGCUGAAGGUGGAAGUCAUGGGCUGAUGCAACUGUCAGGACGAGAUGGAACUCUCCGGAACUGAUGGAACCGUCUGGAACUGAUGGAACUGUCUGGAACUCAUGGAAAAUUCUGGAGCUGAUGGGACUGUCUGGAACUGAUGGAACUGAUGGAGCUAAUGGAACUGAUGGAGCUGAUGGGACUGUCUGGAACUGAUGGAACUGAUGGAACUGAUGGAGCUGAUGGAGCUGAUGGAGCUGAUGGGACUGUCUGGAGCUGAUGGAGCUGAUGGAGCUGAUGGAGCUGAUGGGACUGUCUACAGCUGGAACUGUCUGGAACUCAUGGAAAAUUCUGGAGCCGAUGGGACUGUCUGGAACUGACGGAACUGAUGGAGCUGAUGGAGCUGAUGGGACUGAUGGGACUAUCUGGAACUGAUGGAACUGAUGGGAACUGAUGGACCUGAUGGACCUGAUGGGACUGUCUGGAACUGAUGGAGCUGACGGAGCUGAGGGAGCUGAGGGAGCUGAGGGAACUGAUGGAGCUGAUGGGACUGUCUGGAACUGAUGGAACUGAUGGAACUGAUGGAACUGACUGAUGGAGCUGAUGGAACUGAUGGAGCUAAUGGGACUGUCUGGAACUGAUGGAACUGAUGGAACUGAUGGAGCCGACGGAGCUGAUGGAGAUGACGGAGCUGAUGGAGGUGAGGGAACUGAUGUAGCUGAUGGGAGCUGAUGGAGCUGAUGGAGCUGAUGGAGCUCACGGAGCUGACGGAGCUGAUGGGACUGUCUGGAACUGAUGGAACUGUCUGGAACUGAUGGAACUGAUGGAACUGAUGGAACUGAUGGAACUGAUGGAACUGGAACUGAUGGAACUGAUGGGACUGUCUGCAGCUGAUGGAACUGAUGGAACUGGUUGAAAUUUCUUGAACUGACGAAGCUCUCUGGAACUGAUGGAACUGUCUGGAGCUUGCUUUGCAGUGGUCACUUGUAACUUCCACAUGGUUAACUGACGGCCACGGUAAUUCCACAAAAGGCGGUUUCGGUCCCUCACAGCUCCGAUGGCUAAGUUCUAACCAUGGUUCCAACCACAGAUGAAUGCCGCUUGCAACACUGGAGGAAUGGUUUCAGAGUUCCUUUGGUACUGCAGUCACUGCAGUGUUCCUAUGGGACCGGAGGACAUGUCCUCUGCCUCUGCGAGUUGGUGCCAACAUCUCUAAGCAAUUAUGGUCACCAGUACUUCUUGAGGAUGAUAGAUGUUUACACUCAUUUUAAGGAAGUUCGCACCUGCUGCCAGGUUACGUCUACGUGCUUAACGAG